AUGCCCUCCAUCCUCGAAGACCCAACCACAAAGAUCGCGCCCUCAGAAUCCCUCCUCCUCUCCCUAAAAUCCCCCUCCCUCAACACCCCCGUCAAAAGCACCACAAAGACCGACGAAAACGUAACACUGUACCCCAUAACAAACGGCCCCUCGUCUCUCCCACCCUCACUGCUGAAAUUCCUGCACUCGGAGUUCAGCGCCGAGAUCGAGAGAGGAUGCACGUACCCCAUGGAAACGCCGAUGAAGCUUGAGGCGUUUGGCGAGUACUGGUUCGGCAUGUUUGGGGUUGUGGCGCUGCUUGAUAAGCCCGAUGGUGAGGGGUUGAGUGCGGAGAGCGAGAGGGACUGGGAGAAGGAGUGCCUGGGGACGUUUUAUGUCAAGCCGAAUUAUCCUGGUCGCUGCUCGCAUGUCUGCAAUGCAGGAUUCUUGACGACUAAUGCGGCGAGGAAUCAGGGUGUGGGCAUGGUGAUGGGUAAGGCAUAUCUGCACUUUGCGCCGUUGCUGGGCUACAAAUACUCCGUCUUCAACCUCGUGUUCGAGAACAACGUUGCUUCUGUCAAGAUCUGGGAGAGGCUUGGGUUCAGCGUGAUCGGACGUGUGCCGGGAGCCGCAAGAUUGGCGAAUAGUGAGGCCUUGGUUGAUGCAUUAAUUAUUGGAAAGGACCUGGUAGAAAAAGAUGUAACAAACAAGGCUUAA